AAAUGUUUAAUUUGAAAAACUUAUUUUUCCUUCUUUGUCUUAUUUUAAUUUUUAAUUUUAAUUUAAUUUUGGGAAAGCAGGGACAACCAUGCCGUGUUAAAAGUGAUUGUCACGAUGAAAGAGAAGUUUGUGGAAUUGGAACAAAUAUUUGUAUUCCUAGACUUGGGGGUUAA